CCGCUCGUCGUCGUGUUUGAUGAACGCGCACUGUGUAAAAAGGGCAACAGUCGGGAUUUUAGUGCUUCUCGGUACGAAAAAUUGGUGAAAAUUAGUGAAAAACUGUCGCAAAGUGGUGCAAAUUUGCGGCCGGAAGCCGUGUGAAGUGGCUAACGCAGAAAUUAACCCCCGGAAAGGCACCGUUCGGACUAGGAAAGUUAGGAUUUCUCGUGGUUUGCCGCAGUCGGAAAGGCAAGCAUGCAGCAGUAGCCUUUCUCUGCUUUUGGCUGGUAUUUUUCUUAUUUUUCUACUGCCUCUUUGCGCGAGUGUGUGUGUGUGCGUGGGGAAUCUGGUCAGGUCGGAACGGAACGGAACUGACGGCGCGACUGGGAAAUAUGUCCGCCGCCCGCCUGCCAGAACGUUGGCCCGCUCGGUGCUAGAACACGAAACGGAACGGAACAAAACGGCCCCCUUUGUCCUCGCGAAGACGGUGUGCCUCCCUAAGCUGAUGGGAAAACGCGCCGGAGUUGUUCCCGGAAUGGAUUAGUGGGUGCAAAAUAUAUAUAUUUUUUUAAUACUAGUGGCUCCGUGCAGAACUGAAGCCUAUAGAGCAGUAACCAUCGACGUGAAGAUACCGGCGAAUCGUUCUUCACAACGCGUGUGUAUGUGUAUAAGUGUUUUUCUUUCUUUUUCAUUCUUUUAAUUCCUGCUAAAGAAGCGUGGAUGAUUGUGGCGAAGAAAAGAUAAAGUUAAGGCAGCGAAGAAAAUAUUUAAUAAAUAGCAUGCAACCGUGUGUUAGUGUUUCUUUCGUGUUUUAUUAUCAUUAGUUUUUUUUUUUCGGGGUUUAUUUGCCACGGGUUCUCCGUCAUCUUGGCCGUGCCUGCCUUUGUUUGUGCUCCUUCAAGUGGUAGUUUUUUUUUCUGCUGGUUCGCGCAAUUCACCGGAGAGAGGAUCGAGGAGGGAGCAAGCAAAAGAAAAUAAGUAACAGGCGGUUGAAGGAAGAUGAGAAAAAAAAAAAUGAUGAGAUUAGAGAUUAGUGAUGCUUAAGGUGAAGUCCACGGCACCGAAAAUAGAGAGCGGUUAGCCGGCCUGCGAAAUCAAAACGGAAAUUGUAAAUUGUUGUUGCUAAACAAACCCCAUAUGCUUGGAACGCCAGCCGAAGCUCUUCGCGUGGUAUGUGUGGUGCGCGUUCAAGAUUAGUGUUUGAUGACGGUGUAAUUAUCGCGAGCUCUUUACCGGUGCUCAUCGAAGGGGUACACGCAAACUACGUCGGGGAUUGUUUAUCGUUGUGUAUCGAUGCGGUGCUCGGAGUAACGCGCGCGUGAAGAUAAAUUCCACUCAUUUUAAAUUUUUUGUUGUCGUUGUUGUUGUUGUUGUUGUGGCUCUUUUCGUGAUCGUGACAGGCAAUUCUGAAUUCCAUUAAACGUAACAGCCGCCACCGCCGCAAAAAGCCGAGUGUGGGCCAAAAUGAGUUAAGGGGCGGGCAGAAAGAGAUGGCGCAGCAACAGACUGAGAUCAAUGAGAGUCUCGCGAAAGCUAACGAUAGAGGUGCUGAUCAACUACAGACAAAGAAAUCAAGCAAUUUGCAAAAUGGUACCGAUACUCAACAAGGCGGGAAAAAUUCUAGAAGUGGAUCAGUAAUGGGUGGUGAGAAAGCUAAGUCUCUGGCGGGUGCAGCUGCAGGAGGAAAUGGCGGUACAACUUCGCCCUCCUCCGGUCCACCCCACCCGCCACAUCCGGGGUCGGAAAGUGCCCCCGGAAUGCAUCCCUACGAACCAUCCGGACAUCACAUGCCACCGGGCAGUAACGCCGGUCCAGUGGACCCGAACAGCAAGGAUGAAAUGCACCAUCAUCCUCAGCAUCAUCCCAUGCAUCAUCCGCAACACCAUCAACAUCAGCUGUACGGCCAGUCGCCGAUGCAGCAUCAACAGUAUCCCCGGUAUCACCACGAUCCUAACAUGCCACCCGGUGAUCCCUACGCCCACUACCGGAUGGGAGCGGCACCGGGCGGUAAGCCGGGUUCGAUGAUACCUCCGAACCGGCCGCCGCCGCAGCGCUACAUGCAGGGCCCGGGCGGUCAACCACCGCAGCAUACGGCCGGUAGUCAUCCGGGUCAGCAACCGCAGGGACCAACGCCAACGCUAAACUCGCUACUACAGUCACAUCCACCACCCCAGCAUCGCUACCCGAAUAGCUACGAUCCAAAUCAACCGCAACAACCGCCCCCGGCGGCCAGUCCGGGCCAACCGGGACAGCAACAGCAGCAGCAGCAACCGCCACCCGGACCACCGCAGUCCUACGGGCACCAGCAAAGCUGGGCACCUCCGCGGCCGUACAGCCCUCAGAUGGGUUCGCAGCCGUACCGACCUCCACCACCGGGAAGCAACUCACGUGGACAGUCACCAUACCCACCCGGUCCACCCAGCCAGAGUCCGGGCAGUUAUCCUGCCUCACAGCAACAACAGCAGCAACAGCCGCCUCCAAGUCAACAGGGAGGUCCACAAGGGCUACCAAGUGGUCAACAAGGUCCACCGCCGCCCCCUCCACAAGGUCACCAACCGGUUGGACAACCGCCACCGAGCGGUGCGGCUGGAAGUGGUCCUCCACCGCCGCCUCCCUCGUCCCAGGGUCCUCCCGGUAGCAGUCAAUAUAGUCCCUACCAGCAGCGAUAUCCGACACCACCCGGACCGAAUGCCGGUCCCAACCAUCGGUCUCCGUAUCCUCCUCCGCACCAAUACGAACCGGUAAGGUCGUGGCCAUCACCGGCAGCCAGUCCGGGCCCAGGUGGACAGCAGCAGCAACAGUCGCACUUACCUCCCUCGCCGCACGGUCCACCGCAGAGUCCGGGCCAGCACGGUGCCCCAAGUCCGUCCCCGCAGCCGCCGCAACCCGCCCAAUCUCCGCAUCAGUAUCCAACACGACCGAGCCAGCCAUCGACGCCGGGUAUUAACGAUGGAGAAAUGAUCGGGGAUUCGACGGGCCAAAACAGUAAUGACAGCUCGAGUGGUGGUGGAACAGGUGGUGCUUCCGCUGCUUCCGGUACGCCCAAUUCCCAGGGCAUGAGGCCUAGCCCGUCUCCGACAGGUUCAUCUGGGUCUCGAUCUAUGUCGCCGGCAGUUGGUCAGCAGAGUAUACCGAUGCCUCCGCGUCCCUCUAGUAGUCACUCCCAAGUUCCAAAUCAGCAAGCACAGAAUCAACUAGGUAGUAGUAAUAAUAAUCUAGGCCACGGUAAUCAAUCCCAGCUGCAGCAACCACCGGAUCAUUCGCGAGUGGAUUCACCGAAUCGUCCACCUUCCGUCGGUGGUCCCCAGCAAGGUCCACCCGGACCGCCCCCUUCGCAAGCAAGCAUGGCAGCUCAAGGAUAUCAGACGCAACCACCCCAUCCGCCCCACAUGCACGGUGGUUACAAGAUGGGACCAAGUCCCGGUGGUCCAGGUGCAGGAAUGCCUGGACCACAGCAAAUGUCACCAUAUCCACCACACAACCCUCAAUCGCAACAGUAUUCACCACAUUCGCAAGGAAAUUACUCACCCCGGCCGCAGUACCCGGGUGGUUACGGCCCGUCGCCACCGGGCGGGCAACCAGGACAACCACCACCUCCUGGUCCCCCGCCGAACAGUGUAGCAAGUGGCCCUGGUGGCUAUCCUGGUCAUCGAAUGCCAAACCAUGUCGGUGGACCACCACCGCACUCUCAAUAUCCUCCACACCAACCAUAUCAGCAAGGUUGGGGACCUCCAGGACCUGGACCACAGGUGCCCGGGGGUCAUGUCAAUAAUCAUCAGCAGCAGCAACCGGGCAAGGGUAUGCCCCCGUCCGGUGUUCCCCCUUCACCACAGCAACCGAAUCAGGCACAGUCCCAACAGGGACCACCUAGCGGAGGUCCUCCGCAAAGCGGAUCACCACGACCUCUGAACUAUCUUAAGCAACAUCUACAACACAAGGGCGGCUAUGGCGGUGCCCCUAGUCCUACACCGCCACAGGGCUACGGCAAUGGUCCCGGUAUGCAUCCCCCGAUGGGUCCACCCCACCACAUGGGCCCACCGAUGGGACCGACUAGCAUGGGACCGCCUUCGGGGGCUCCUCCGAACCAGCAGGGGCCACCGCCAAGCCAGCCACCGAUCGGACCCAACAGUCAUCCGGAUGGAUCGCUACCACCACAGCCGCAUCAUCCGGAAUCGGGCUCUAUCGGUGGCCUGGACAAUGGCGUCAGCUCGUCCGGACCGGGCGGUGUGCCACAUCCAGUUACCUCACUCGUUACAACGGGACCUGAUGGCGCUCCCCUCGAUGAAGCCAGUCAGCAGAGUACCUUAUCCAAUACCUCAGUAGCUUCCGGCGAAGAUCCACAGUGCUCGACGCCGAAAUCGCGGAAAGGCGACCACUACAACCAAAGUCAUUUGACUAACACGCCGACAACCGCGUCGCCCGGACCGCACAAUCAGCACGAAGACUUCGAGAUGAACUCGCCCACAUCCUGGCCCCGGACGCCAGCUAGUCCAGUAUUUAACAGUCACGUUCCUCCCACGGAGACUCCCUUUAGAUCGACUAAGAAAUCCGACAGUUUAAACAAGCUCUACGACAUGGACGACAAACCGGAGCGACGGCCCUGGCUGGACAAGCUGCUGGCCUUCAUGGAGGAGCGACGAACGCCGAUCACGGCCUGUCCGACGAUCUCGAAGACACCCCUGGAUCUGUACAAGCUGUACAUUUUGGUGCAGGAGCGCGGCGGUUUUCUUGAGGUGUGUAAGGUCACGAAGAGCAAAACGUGGAAAGACAUCGCUGGAUUGCUCGGAAUCGGUGCCAGCAGCAGUGCGGCGUACACGCUGCGGAAGCACUACACCAAGAAUCUGUUACCGUUCGAGUGCAAGUUCGAUCGGGGCGGCAUCGAUCCGGGACCGAUUAUCGCCCAGGUCGAGGCCGGGUCCAAGAAGAAAUCGAACAAAACGGCUUCGGUCCCCUCUCCGGGAUCUUCCAACUCGCAAGACUCAUUCCCGGCACCGGGCAGCAGUAGCGCCUCCAUGGAUGGCUACAAUGCCUAUCCGGGCAGUGGUUAUCCACCGGGUGCAACACCGGACUACCAGAGCCAACCACCACAGCAGGGUCAAUCGCAGGGUCAGGCCCCGACGCAACCGCCGCAACCACCGGUGCAGCAGAAUCUACAACGACCGCCGUCGCAGCAAAGCGGCACCCAGUCUCCCCAUACAGGCUCGGCACCACCGACCACAGGAGAUAACAUUAGCGUGAGCAAUCCUUUCGACGAUCCGGUCGGUCCUCAGCGGCCACCUUAUCAGCAGGGCGCUCCUUAUCCGCCAGCUUCACGACCACAAGGUGCUCCAUACCAAGCGCAACCCGGAAGCUACCCAUACGGUGCUCCAGAUCAGUACGGUCCGGGUGCCGCCCCGGGCCAGUAUCCCCCUGGACAGCAAGGUCAAUAUCCACCUGCUAGUAGACCCAUGUAUCCCCCCUACGGUCCACCGGAAUCUGGUGAAGGAAGAUCGACACCACCAGCACCGAAUUCGGUUCCUCCCGCGACCGGAGAUCCGUAUCGAGGUUACGGCAGUGCACCCUAUCCGCCACCGCCGCAGCAACGACCAUACCAACAACCGCCCCCCGUCAGUUCGGGCCCAUCACAAACUCCCCCUGCUGGGCCUCCGGGUGCGGCUAGUCAACCUCCGGUGAGUGGUGCCCCAGGGCCGCAACCACCGUCAACCAUUGCCCAGGGCCAGGGAUAUCCGACACCACCUCAGCCACCCCAGCAACCGGACUACUAUCGGCCUGAUCAGCCCAAUCAACCAAGAAGGCAUCCAGAUUUCGAGAAGAACCAACAACCGUAUCCACCAUACCAGCAGCGACCGCAGAUGUACCCUGGUGGUUGGCAGGGUGGCGCAGGUCAAUACCGAGGGCAGUAUCCACCACAGGGUCCCCAGCAGCAGUGGGGAACGCACAACGGACCCCGACCUAGUGGUCCACCGGGACCUCCGGGCGGGCCGCCCGGUGCUCCGGGAACUCCCAGCCAGUGGAGUGCCGAUGCUAAUCGGUACCCUCCGAGUCAACAACAACCUCCCUAUCCGCCUCAUCAGCAGGGCCAACAACAACCAUGGAAUCAGUUGCCACCGACGUCCCAGGGUUCGCCGUUACGGCCACCUCCCCGCGGUGGUAAACCUUUCGCAUCGAUGCAGCAGCCCGGUAUGACGGGCAGUAUGCCACCGUCGCAACCGCAGAAUAGUGGUCCCGUUGGACCGACAGUGGGGGGUCCUACUGCCGGACCGGCCGUAAGUGGACCACCGGCACCGAGCGGCGCAGGUCAAUCGGGAGCUAAACCGAUGCCACCGGCUACGUUUCCACCGGCCAGCAAUGUCGCCCCGAAACGAGACAUUGUCUUCCCGCCGGAUAGUGUCGAGUCGACCACACCGGUUCUGUAUCGGCGGAAAAGGGCCAGCAAGCUGGACAUCGGCCAGACCGAUCCGUGGCGGAUAUUUAUGGCCCUGCGGUCCGGGCUGCUGGUGGAAAGCACUUGGGCGUUGGAUGUGCUGAACAUUCUACUGUUCGAUGACACUUCGGUGGUGUACUUCGGUUUGACGCAUUUACCGGGCUUACUGAAUCUGCUGUUGGAUCACUUCCAGAAGAGUUUGAGUGAUAUGUUCGAUACCAAGGAUCGGAAGAAUCGAGUCGGCCGGGCGUACGGUUGGUUCGGUAAGGAAGCGGACGAUGGUAAUGAUGAAGAAGAAGAAGACGAAACCGUGCAGGACGAGGGAGCGAUCGAGGAUGGUAGGGCGGAGAAUGAUGCGGUUGAAAUAAAGAAAGAAUUCGUUGAGGUGAAAGUUGAAAACGGAGAAGUUGAUCCGAAGGAUGGAUUGAAUGUCAAGCAGGAACCGUGUAUCCGAGGGCACAAACGAGCCAGACGAAGUUACGAAUUAGAUCUGGGAAGUGUACUGAAUCCUCCUAAUCCGGAGGACCGGAUAGUAGUUUUUAACUCGACUACCAACUAUACGAUGAGCUCGAGAAAGGGACUGCCUGUUAAGAUUCAACCGGCGGAGGAUGAUGUGUUUGUGUUGAACCAUCGGAAGGACUGGGAUCGGACGGCCGAUGAUCGCUACCAUAGGGAAACCGAUGUCGGAGGAGAUCCUUGGACUGCGGGCCAUUCGGAACCGGAUCCACAUGACUACAUUAUGGAACCGUUCCAGGCUGAGUUUGUAAACAUUCCAUUCGCUAGAAUGAUCAAAACUAGCAAAAAGUAUAAGGCGCGUUGUAAAAACAACAACAACAACAAUAACAACGUUGUGAAACGUCCAUCGAAGCCGGUCGAAAGUGAUGAUAGUGAUAGUGAGCAGAGCAGGACAAACGGGGACGGUCGGGUGGUGAACGGUGAGAGCAGUGGACCGGAAGAAGACACGAAACCACCGGCUGCGUUGGUGGCAGAAGUGAACAAUUUUGUGGUGAAGAAAGAAGUCAACGAGGUGACGCCGUCGAGUGAUGCGGACUGUCGGGAGAUCGAUAUGGAACUGGAGAAGAGCAGCCUGUCGAAUGGUCCCCAAGAUGGUGCUGGUGCAGACGAAACCGACGAUGCGAAAGAUGCGGACGUUAAGAUGGAAAUUGAAGAGGAUUACAGUAAACCAACGAGCGAAGCAGCAGCAGCUCGCCAGCAAAAGUUUAACGUUGCGGCAACGGUGCGUGAUCCGGCCAAGGUGCUGAAACGCCGAAGAAUGAGUGACUACGAGGAUGAGUGUUACACACGAGACGAGGCCAGUCUCUAUCUAGUUACCGAAGGUCAUGACUGCUUGGCGAGGCGUUGUAUGGCCAUCUCGAAUAUUCUAAGGAAUCUUACCUUUGUCCCCGGCAACGAGACUGAGUUUGCCCGAUCGUCACGGUUUCUGUCCAUCCUGGGAAAGCUGUUGCUGUUGCAUCACGAGCAUCCGAUGCGGACGAAGAAAACCAGAAACUACGACCGGGAGGAGGAUGCCGACUUUUCCGAUUCCUGUAGUAGUCUUCAGGGUGAAUCGGAGUGGUGGUGGGACUUUUUGGUGCAAAUCCGUGAGAAUAUGCUAGUUUCUAUGGCGAACAUUUCCGGUCAGCUGGAUCUGUCUCGAUUCGAUGAGCCCAUUUCGCGGCCCAUCCUGGACGGUCUAUUGCAUUGGUCCGUGUGCCCGUCGGCACACGGACAGGAUCCGUUCCCAACGUUGGGUACGAACUCAGUAUUAUCACCUCAACGGUUAGCGUUGGAAGCCCUCUGCAAACUGUGCGUUACCGAUGCGAAUGUAGAUCUUGUGAUAGCGACACCUCCUUUCACGCGCUUGGAAAAACUUUGCUCCGUUCUGACGCGACAUCUGUGCAAAAACGAAGACCAGGUCCUGAGGGAAUUCUCGGUGAAUCUGCUUCACUACCUCGCCGCGGCGGACAGUGCAAUGGCCCGAACGGUAGCUAUGCAAUCGCCGUGCGUAUCCUAUCUGGUGGCAUUCAUCGAGCAAGCCGAACAAACCGCCUUAGGAGUAGCGAACCAGCACGGCAUCAACUACCUCCGGGACAACCCGGACUCGAUGGGUACCAGUUUGGAUAUGCUGCGACGGGCGGCUGGAACGUUGCUCCACCUAGCGAAACACCCGGACAACCGACCGCUGUUCAUGCAACAGGAACAACGACUGCUCGGGCUCGUCAUGAGUCACAUUCUCGAUCAGCAGGUCGCCCUCAUCAUCUCCAAGGUGCUGUUCCAGUGCUCCCGGGGUACCGGUCCGCUUACGACGAUAGAAAUUGAAUCCUUCAUCAGCAGCAGCAGUCGAACGGCGGCGGAAGCAGCGAAAAAGUCAACGGAAAAAGAUUCUUCCGAAGCGGCAAAAUCGUCAUUGCAUUUAAACUCUAUCAUUGCCAAUAAUAACAACAUCAGCAACAGCAGCAGUAGCAGCACCAAUAGCAACCACAACAACAACAGUAGCAUUGGCCCAGCGAUGGCACCUCCCUUGCCGGUCGGUCCAUCCAAGAGCAGUGAACCACUGACACAACUGACAUCAUCAUCGACUACAACAGCAGCGUCGUCGGCGGCAGUUAUGCCGGCUCCCUCGGCUCCGGUCAGUGGCACUUCGGGACCACCGACUUUUGUACCACCUCCACCACCAUCAUCCACAUCAGCAUCGUCAUCGGCAGCAGCAGCAGCAAUUCCGUCGGCAGGAUCACCGACGAUGGUUGCCGGUGUUGGUAGUCCACCACCGGCACCACCACCACCAUCCAACACAGCGCCGUCGGAUGCCGGUUCGUCGCCACCAUCACCGGCACCACCGGCGCAAACACCGUCGGCGCAACAUCCGAUCACGGCUUCCUCGUAGUGGAAGAAAUCCCUUAUAAUGAAGCACGUUGUUCAACCCGUAGUUGAAGAUACUUUUGCUGAUUAAUUAUAUAUAUACAUAUAAAUAAUAGACAAUUAGUAGCAAGGUAGAAAACAAAGAAGAGAAAGAACGAAAAUCGAAGAGCAAAAGGCAAAGUAGACAUGUAAGCGACAGCAGAGAAUGGGAAUGAACACAAAAGAGUAAAUAAUCUUGUGUAUAGUAGUUUUUAAGAGUUUCUGCUAGUAGUGUUACAAAUAAAAAAAAAUGAGUGCAAGCGACAGGACAGACAGACAGACAGAGAGAAACAGAGAACGAAUGCGAAACACAAGCAUACAUAAUAAGCUAAGAUGUGAGAAUGGGAAUGAACAAACAAAACAAAACAAAAAAAAACAAGAAAAAAAAUUACGCGAUUUUAUGUGUAGUAGUAUGUAUUGACAAAAUCUGCUAAUGUUAGGCUGACCUAGUGUUAAUUCAAUCUACUGCAGUUAGUAGUGUUGUGUUGGACUAUGUAGCAAAACAAAAAAACAAAAAAGAAAACACGUCACCGACGACCGCCGGGAGGUGUGUGAAUUUUAAGGAACGAAGAUAAAAUACCUGAAAUGAGAAAUUAAACAAAAAACAACAGAAAAAAAAUGAGUGAAAGUAGCCGACAGUGGCAGCAGAUUCAAUUACCAAUUAAAAAAUUAAAUUGAAGUAAUCGGGAAAUCGUUGUUUGUUGGCUUCAAUAGCUUUCCUAUUCAUUUUUUCCCUCCUUUGAUGUGUUUUAUUCUAAUGCAAUUUGUGAUCGCGGUUGUGUGUUCUGGUUUUGGUGAAGGUUGCUUAUUUUUCCGUGGCUUUCGUAUAUAACUGAAUAAAUGAAAAAUUGUACUCGGAAUGAAAGUGUCAAUUGAAAAAAAAGAGGUUUAAAUCAAAUCAGCUUGCUUUGAAACGUGACUCUCGGGAAUAAUGGAAAAAAAUCGCUCGUUGAAUUAAGAUACGAAAAUAAAAGCACUCAAAAUGCUACCCUCGGUCUUCUUCCUACUAUUGCAAUCAAAAGUAAGCCUUCGGAAAGCACUGGAAAAAUAGCAGCAACCCAACAAUCAUAAGCCAGCCACCAGUCGUCGCAAUCAUCACGUUCAAAAGCAGGGAUUUAAUUUUCACGCAAUAACUGAAACGAGGUAUCAAUAUGUCUUUGUGUUAACGUUUGUUUUUCUAUUCAACCAUCUUUUAUUUCCUUGGCAUCCUUCAGCGUUUUUUCUUUUGGAGAAUUUGUAGUUUUUUGGGAUAUUUUUUUAAAUUUUGUUCGGCUUUCUUCGGUCGUUUUUCGCUGACCAUUUCGGUGACCGAUCGAAUCACCGAGGAAGCUGAUAUUGGGCAGACGCGGAGGUUGGACCGAAAAGUAAAACUCGAGAAAAAAAACCUCACGCAAUGUGUAUACUCAUAGUGUUAAUUGAUUAAACUGAGUUGGGAGCAGUGGAACGAACGGAAAUAUGAUCUAUUUGAAACUUCGCCUAGGUGUGUAGACUGUGCUACUAUUUGGGCAGUUAAAUGGUGUACAUUUUUUUUUGUUCGGUGGGGAAUGCAAACUGAGCAAAUCGGACUACUUAAAAACAAAGGAAAAAAAACACACACACAAGAAUGACUCUCAUUAAUGAUAACGAAACAAAGAAAACGCGCUGUUGUAUUGGGAAAAACGUGUAAUUAUUAAUUUAUUACCGAUGCUUCACGGAGCGAAAUGUGGCGCAAGGAGAAGAAAACAAAAACAUUAAUCUAUUAAUUGAUUGAUACUGGAAGUAAAUUAAUGUGUUAGAAGUGUAGCUAAAAUAAUAGUAUGAAUAUAGCGAAAACCCCUUUGAAAAAUAAAGAAAAGGAAAAAAAAAAACUACAACAACAACAACAACAAAUAGUAUAUUAGUGGUCCUGUUUAACAAAUGGGCGGAUCAAACAAAUGCUACAGCGGUACUAGAGAAGCAAAGAGAGCAGGUGGUGCAUUCGCCGUCGGCUGCCCAUUGUCCGAGAGAUAGUUUGUGGUGGACCUUCUUUCGCGAACUAAGCAGCGGUGGCGAAACAGAAUAAAAAAAUACGGCAAGCAUAUAAUAAAUCAAUCGAAUCUCUGUUAGGCUUUAGAGAUGUGUAAACAAAAUAUUUAAAUCAUGUUCAUACAUACAAACAGAAAAUGAAAACAAAAGAAAAUCGACA